AUGGGCAUUGCACUGUCCAGGUCUGAUAAAUGCCGUAUUGUCUCCUCCGCUGGGCUUCGGCGCUCUGUGCCAGGAGAAAACAGCGCCUCCUGUCCAGAGAUGAAUGGCAUUGUCAAACCCUCUUGUAAAAACAUCAUUCAAGGUACUCAGACUAACAGCGAAGAGGAGCUGUUGGUUCCUGCCCUUCCAGAAAAAGCUGAUAUCGAGAGAGGCUACGUGACUCCGCAGCAGGUGUAUAACUUGCUAAACGCUGAAGCUGGUGAACCAGCACUCCAUGACCCAUACUACAUCCUCAUUCUGGACUGUCGCUCUGCAGACAGGUAUAAGCAGAGUCACCUGGUUACGGCACGUGCAAGCGUGACCGUAAUUCACCCGGAUCUUGGCUGUUUGAUAAGCUGCGUCCAGCUCCAGGAGUUUUCCAUCAUUCUGCUUUAUGCAGAGGAAGGACACAGCCCAGUAGGCAGCCAAGAGGCACGUGCUGACAACCCCACCUUACAGCACUGCUUCUUCCAGCUGAGUGCCCUUGGCAUGGACCCUGUCAUCUUGCUGGGUGGCUACUCGGCCUUCCACUCACUCUACCCCUUUCUGUGUACACCUCGGAUGGUCCUGCUUGAAUCUGAGCGUCGCCUCCUCACCAUCUAUCCCUCUGAGAUCCUUGAAGGGGCACUGUACCAAGGUUCUGCCUCGCAAGCACAUGACUACCGCAUCAUCAAGAACCUGCAUAUCACGCAUGUGGUCAAUGCCACUGCUGAGAUCUCAGAUGCCUUCCCCAAUGUCCUGAGGUAUCUGCGACUCCGGCUCAGCGAUGAUGCUCAACAAGACCUUCGCCAGGCACUUCCAGAAGCUUCCCACUUCAUAGCAGCAGCCUUGAGAGGUUCACUGGGCUCACCUGGAGGGCGUGUGCUAGUGCACUGCAGUCUGGGACGGAGCCGCAGCUCGGUUUUGACACUGGGCUUCCUGAUGGAACAGCGCCGCUGGUCUCUACUUCAUGCUUUCCGUUGGCUCAAAGAGAGGCGCACUUGUGCAGCACCAAAUGCUGGGUUCCUUCGUCAACUCUCAGAAUAUGAGGAGCAGUUGUUUGGGAGGCGUCUAACCUCACUUGAUGACAUUCAACUCUGA